AUGUACACCUCUCUCAAGUUCCUCUCUCUUGCCGCUCUCCUUGGUCUUGCUGCUGCUGCUCCUGCCAACAACACAUCUUCUGAUGGUGGUAGCGGUGGUAGCGGUGGUGGUGCUCGUAUUGUUGUCAAGAACCAAUGUGGCUAUGAUCUCAAUAUCGGCAAGCUUACCAAUGGCCAAUCCUCUCCCGAAACAUCCAGCGUCUCUCAAGGCUCCGAAAAGACUUACAAUGUCGAUGGCAAAUGGCAAGGUCGUUUCUGGGGUCGCAAGAGUGGUGGUGAUAAUCCUGUUGCUGGUGCUGCCAACCCUGCUUCGCUUGCCGAGUUCACCUUUAAGGGAUCUGGUGGCAAUGAUUACUAUGAUGUAUCCUUUGUGGAUGGUUUCAAUCUUCCCAUUUCUAUUGAGCCUAUCAACCCAUCCAAGUCUGGUGGCUCCGAUAACGGUGAAGAAUAUCAUUGUGGCAAGCCUACAUGCUCCAAGCUUCCCGAGUGCCCUGGUGACUUGAAGGGUGAAGAUGGCACAUGCAAGUCCGCUUGCUCCAAGUACAACACUGAAGAAUUCUGCUGCUCUGGAUCACACAACACUCCUGAUACUUGCCCUCCCAACAAGUUCAGCAAGGCUGUCAAGGACUCAUGUCCCGAUGCCUAUUCAUAUGCCUACGAUGACAAGAAGAGCACCUACAUGUGCCAAUCCGAAGGCUACACUGU